UGUGUGUGUGUGUGUGUGUGUGUGUGUGUGUGUUCAGUGAUGGCAGCACAGGGUGAACAGCAGCAGUGUCUCAGUCAGGAAUGAGCUCUGGUCGGGGAUGGAGGACAAACCUCUCCCGGUGUUCGUGAAGCUCUUCGCCGCCGGUUUUUACGGUGUGAGCUCGUUCCUCAUCGUCGUGGUGAACAAGAGCGUGCUCACUAACUACAGAUUCCCGUCUUCAAUAUGUGUGGGCAUUGGACAGAUGUUGGCCACAGUGGUCGUGCUGUGGGUGGGCAGGGCUGCGAGGGUGAUCAGCUUCCCGGACUGUGAUGAGAGCAUACCUCGUAAGACGUUUCCUCUACCUCUCCUCUAUGUGGGAAACCAGAUCACUGGCCUGUUUGGGACAAAGAGGCUGAACCUGCCCAUGUUUACUGUCCUCAGGAGGUUCUCCAUCUUGUUCACAAUGCUGGCUGAAGGAUUCCUUCUCAAGAAGAAGUUCUCGCGACCGGUGCAGCUGACAGUGUUUACGAUGAUCCUCGGGGCGUUCAUAGCUGCAAGUGCUGACUUGUCCUUCGACGUGCAAGGUUACGUCUUCAUCCUCAUGAACGACGUCCUGACUGCAGCAAACGGAGCCUACGUGAAACAAAAAUUAGAUGCGAAGGAGCUGGGGAAAUAUGGAUUGUUGUAUUAUAAUGCAUUAUUUAUGAUCCUUCCUACUCUGCUGCUGGCUCAUGUGACUGGAGAUGUGCAGAAGGCGGUGGAGUAUGAGGGAUGGUCAGACAUGCUUUUCCUCGCACAGUUCAUCCUCUCCUGCAUCAUGGGGUUUGUCUUGAUGUACUCCACUGUGCUCUGUACACAGUACAACUCUGCGUUAACUACCACGAUCGUCGGCUGCAUCAAGAAUGUGCUGGUGACGUACAUCGGGAUGGUGUUCAGUGGAGACUACAUCUUCUCCUGGACAAACUUCAUAGGUUUAAAUAUCAGUAUUGCGGGCAGCCUGGUGUACUCGUACAUCACCCUGACCGAGGAGCAGACCAACAAAGCGAGCGACACCGCAAAGCUGGACAUCAAGGGGAAGGUUGUCGUAUGACAGAGACACUGGAUUUUAAAUGUUCACACAAAACUGUAUCUUAAAGUUUAUUUAUGGAGUAUUUGAGCAGGACGUGAUGGGAGCGGCUCUGCACCUUCGCCGUCACUCCGCCUCCCCUGCUGCUGCCAUGGUUAUGAACCCUCCAGAGGGAAUUGUGGGUGAAUCUUUAGCCGAUGUUUUCUUUAUGAAUAUUUGUAUUUUAAUAUUGUAUAUGAGGGGAAACUGUAUUUAUAUGACAACAUUUCAUGUGGUUGGGCUGACAUAAUGAACAGCUGGAAUCAGUGAACAUAAAGGUUAUUUAAAGGCACAAUCCUUAUUUUUCUGCCUUUUCUGGUUUGCUGUUUACAGGGAAUGUAACUUUAGAUGCCUUUAAAGCAGAGCUGCACUGACACGCUCAUUGUCUGUUGUUUCUUUACCUUUUUUUGUGCACACUGCAAAAGUUUGUGACUUACAGUGAUGUAACUUCAUCUUUCAAACAACCAAAGUGUUCGUGUGUUGGUCUGUCAGGUCCUUAAUGUUGCUGCCUCUGUGUGGGAGCUGAUUCCACAUUACAGUUUACGUUUUGCUCCCUCAGUAUCACAGGAAGCUCAGUGUGGCUCUAUGCAGAAUGAACAAACAGAACUUUUCGUUUAAUUCUCAUAAAGGGGGAAUCAUUUGUUUUAUACGGAGGCCCUAAGGGGACAUAGGGGGGGAAAUAUGUUUCAGGUGAGCAACAGAAAAUCUCUGUAAAGACAUAUUAACAUCUGGAUCACUAGAAAGUAGUGCGUGUGCACCAGAGAGUUUCCUCUGAGAUAUCUCAAAGAGUUCCAAGUGAGCACGUAAAACCUUCUCUUGAGCACAUCAAAUUUUCUCAUGAGCAUGGUUUAUUUUCUGUUACGCACCAGAUAUUAUUAUUAUUUUUUUUUUCUUGAUGUUCUGGCACUUUGAACUGAAACGACGCCUGCUGAAGGUGAGACUGUGUUCCUGUUAAAUUCACGCUUGAGAUUAUUGAACUUCCCUGAGAUUAUAUUUCAGGUUUUUCAAGUAUUAUAAAAGAGAAACAUUUCUAAAUUUUUAAUAGUCAGGUACAAGACUUGUUUUUUGUUACAUUUUUAUCAACAUGGUUUUAUAUUUAUUACUUUUUUAGACUAAUAUUCAUUUUGUAGGUGGAGCGGCUCGUGAACUGUUGAUGCUCGUCUAAAACAGUAACCAUGGAUUUCUAGUAAUGCUGUAUUUUUACAUUAAAAGAAAAUCUGUUAAAAGUU